GGCAAGUAAAUAAAUUGAUUCACAUUUCAGGAGACUGCUGAGUUUGGACCUCACGAACUGAAGCCAUCUCCAAGAUGGCGAUGGAAAGCAAAGCUCCCCUGCGGACUGUCCGCAGGAUACAGUUUGGCAUUCUGAGUCCAGAUGAAAUUCGUCGAAUGUCAGCUACUGAGGGAGGUAUCAAAUAUGCAGAAGUUUAUGAAAAUGGUCGGCCAAAGUUGGGUGGCUUGAUGGAUCCUCGUCAGGGCUGCCUGGAUAGGAAUACACGUUGUACAACAUGUGCUGGGAACAUGACAGAUUGUCCAGGGCAUUUUGGACACUUGGACUUGGCAAAACCAGUCUAUCAUGUUGGAUUCUUGACUAAAACAAUGAAAAUUUUGCGUUGUGUUUGUUUCUACUGCAGUAAACUUCUUUUCAAUGCACAAUACCCUAAAAUCAGAGAAAUUGUCACUAAGUCAAAGGGUCAACCCCGCAAGCGUCUUCAGCAUGUUUACAACCUGUGCAAAGGCAAAAUGAUUUGUGAGGGAGGAGAUGAGAUUGAUGUGGGCAAGGACCCCGAUGAUCCUGGCGCUCUGAAGAAAGGGGCAGGCCAUGGAGGUUGUGGCCGCUACCAGCCCAAUAUUAAGAGAAUUGGCCUUGAAUUGAUUGCUGAGUGGAAGCAUACCAAUGAAGAUACACAGGAGAAGAAGCAGACCCUGAGUGCUGAGCGGGUUUAUGAGAUUUUCAAACACAUUACAGAUGAGGAAUGCUACUUGCUUGGUAUGGAUCCCAAGUAUGCUCGCCCUGACUGGAUGAUCUUGACUGUUUUACCUGUACCACCACUGCCUGUACGACCAGCUGUAGUAAUGCAUGGGUCUGCUCGUAACCAGGAUGAUUUAACGCACAAACUGGCAGAUAUCAUCAAGGCAAACAAUGAGCUUAUCCGCAAUGAACAGGCUGGUGCUGCUGCCCAUAUCAUUGUUGAGAACCUGAAGAUGCUACAGUUCCAUGUGGCUACACUGACAGACAAUGACAUGCCUGGAUUGCCAAGAGCCCUGCAGAAGUCUGGAAGGCCACUCAAAGCCAUCAAGGCCAGGUUGAAGGGUAAGGAAGGAAGGAUUCGAGGCAACCUCAUGGGUAAGCGUGUGGACUUCUCUGCACGAACUGUCAUCACAGCUGACCCCAAUCUGCGCAUUGAUCAGGUUGGCGUCCCUCGGUCAAUUGCUCAGAAUCUCACCUAUCCUGAAAUUGUCACACCAUUCAACAUGACCAAAAUGAUGGAACUUGUAAAGAGAGGAAACAACCAAUAUCCUGGUGCCAAAUACAUUGUCCGUGACAAUGGAGCACGUAUUGACCUGAGGUAUCACCCCAAGCCCUCUGAUCUCCAUCUGCAGUGUGGCUACAAGGUGGAAAGGCAUAUCACAGAUGGUGAUUUGGUUAUUUUCAACCGACAGCCAACUCUGCAUAAAAUGUCUAUGAUGGGCCACAGAGUGAAGGUGCUACCAUGGUCCACUUUCCGAAUGAACUUGUCGGUAACGUCACCUUACAACGCUGAUUUUGACGGGGAUGAGAUGAAUCUUCACGUGCCGCAGAGCAUGGAAACGAGAGCAGAGAUUGAAAACCUUCACGUGACACCUCGCAUGAUCAUCACCCCACAGGCCAACAAACCUGUCAUGGGUAUUGUGCAGGAUACACUUACCGCUGUCAGAAAGAUGACUAAACGCGAUGUUUUCCUAGAGAAGUCUGAGAUGAUGAACUUGCUCAUGUUCUUGCCCAUCUGGGACGGUCGCAUGCCCCAGCCUGCAAUCCUGAAACCACGACCACUGUGGACCGGCAAGCAGCUCUUUUCACUCAUCAUUCCUGGAAACCUAAACCUAAUCAAGACUCACUCAACUCACCCUGAUGAUGAGGACGAUGGACCAUACAAGUGGAUAUCCCCAGGUGACACCAAGGUAUUGGUGGAGCACGGAGAGCUAGUGAUGGGUAUUUUAUGCAAGAAAACCCUUGGAGCCUCAUCUGGUUCUAUGUUGCACGUUGCUUGGAUGGAAUUGGGACAUGAAAUUGCAGGAAGAUUCUAUGGUAACAUUCAGACUGUCAUCAACAACUGGCUACUUCUAGAGGGCAUGAGCAUUGGCAUUGGAGACACCAUUUCUGAUCCUGCGACCUACAGAAUUAUUCAGGACACCAUCCGCAAAGCCAAGGAAGAUGUAAUAGAGGUGAUUCACAAAGCCCAUAAUGACGAGCUUGAGCCAACUCCAGGUAAUACUUUGAGGCAGACUUUCGAGAACCAAGUAAACAGGAUUCUGAAUGAUGCUCGAGACAAAACUGGAGGAUCGGCCAAGAAGUCGCUCACAGAAUACAACAAUCUAAAGGCUAUGGUAGUGUCAGGGUCAAAGGGAUCCAACAUUAAUAUUUCUCAGGUUAUUGCCUGUGUAGGUCAACAGAACGUUGAAGGUAAAAGAAUUCCGUUUGGUUUCCGUAAAAGGACCUUGCCACAUUUCAUCAAGGAUGAUUAUGGUCCUGAAUCCAGAGGUUUCGUGGAGAAUUCAUAUCUUGCUGGUCUGACACCAUCAGAGUUCUACUUCCAUGCUAUGGGUGGUCGAGAGGGUCUGAUUGAUACUGCCGUAAAGACUGCUGAGACAGGAUACAUUCAGCGACGUUUGAUAAAAGCUAUGGAGAGCGUGAUGGUCAACUAUGAUGGAACAGUAAGAAACAGUGUGAGUCAGGUGAUUCAGCUGAGGUAUGGUGAAGACGGCCUGGCAGGUGAAUAUGUAGAAUUCCAGAAGAUGCCUACAGUUAAACUCUCAAACAGACGUUUUGAAGACAAAUACAGAUUUGAUGUGACCAAUGAAAGGUACUUGCGGCGACUAUUCAACGAAGAGGUUGUCCGUGAGCUAAUUGGGUCCCCAGUUGCCAUCAAUGUUCUUGAAGAAGAAUGGCAAAAACUCCAAGAAGACAGAGUUGGUCUUCGGCAGGUGUUCCCUAAGGGAGACACAAAGGUGGUGUUGCCAUGCAAUUUGGAAAGAAUGAUUUGGAAUGUACAGAAGAUUUUCCACAUCAAUAAGCGCACACCAACUGACUUAAACCCAGUAAGGGUAGUUGAAGGUGUGAGGGAAAUGUUGGCAAAGUGUAACAUUGUGACGGGUGAAGAUCGUAUCAGUCUGCAGGCCAACGAGAACGCUACCUUCCUUUUCCAGUGCUUAGUGCGAUCAACACUGUGCACUAAGAAGGUUGCAGAAGAAUAUAAACUAACCUCUGAAUCCUUCAACUGGCUUGUUGGUGAAAUUGAGACUAGAUUUCAUCAAGCAAUUGCCAAUCCUGGAGAGAUGGUCGGAGCACUGGCUGCACAGUCCCUUGGUGAACCUGCCACUCAGAUGACACUGAACACUUUCCAUUUUGCUGGUGUGUCCUCCAAGAAUGUAACCCUUGGUGUACCCAGGCUGAAGGAAAUUAUCAACAUUAGUAAAAAACCUAAGGCUCCAUCCCUCACUGUGUUCUUGGUGGGAGCUUCUGCCCGAGAUGCUGAGAAAGCCAAAAAUGUCCUUUGUCGACUGGAACACACAACAUUACGCAAGGUGACAUCCAACACUGCCAUCUACUAUGACCCAGACCCACAAAACACAUGCAUUACAGAGGAUCAAGAAUUUGUUAAUGUGUAUUAUGAGAUGCCUGACUUUGAUGUCUCUAGAAUUUCCCCAUGGCUGCUACGUAUUGAACUUGACCGCAAGAAAAUGACAGAUAAGAAAUUGACCAUGGAACAGAUCUCCCAAAAGAUCAAUUCAGGUUUUGGAGAUGACUUGAAUUGCAUCUUCAAUGACGACAAUGCUGAGAAGCUUGUACUCCGUAUCCGUAUUAUUGUUGGUGAUGAUAAAUUAGCUGAUGAUGCUGAGGAACAGGUGGACAAAAUGGAGGAUGACACAUUCUUGAGAUGCAUUGAAGCCAACAUGCUUAAUGAUUUGACUCUCCAAGGCAUUGAAGCUAUCACCAAAGUGUAUAUGCACUUGCCUCAGACUGAUGAAAAGAAACGAAUCAUUGUAAAUGAUCAAGGUGAGUUUAAGGCAAUUGCAGAAUGGCUGUUGGAAACUGACGGAACUGCACUCAUGAAGGUACUCUCAGAACGUGAUGUCGAUCCAGUAAGAACAUCCUCCAACGAUAUCUUGGAAGUAUUUGAGGUCCUUGGUAUUGAGGCCGUGCGAAAGUGUAUUGAGAAGGAGAUGAAUGCUGUGCUUAUGUUCUAUGGUCUGUACGUGAACUACCGUCAUCUCGCUUUGCUUUGUGAUGUUAUGACAAGCAAGGGCCAUCUUAUGGCUAUCACCCGUCACGGCAUCAACAGACAAGACACUGGAGCCCUGAUGAAGUGCUCCUUCGAAGAGUCUGUUGACGUGUUGAUGGAGGCUGCUUCGUGUGCCGAGGUUGACCCCGUUCGAGGCGUGUCUGAAAACAUCAUGCUGGGACAGCUGCCGAAGAUCGGCUCUGGCUCGUUCGAUCUCGUGUUGGAUGACGAGAAGUGCAAGAUGGGAAUGGAGAUUCCUAUGCCGGGAGCAGGCAUGAUGAUGGGUGGAGGCAUCUUCGGUGCUGCAUCACCAUCGUCUGGUAUGACCCCAGCCCAGACCCCAUGGGCUUCAGGAGCGACCCCAUCCAUGUCACCGUAUGGUGCUUGGACACCUGGUGUAGGAAGUGGCAUGACUCCAGGAGGACCGGCUUUCUCUCCUGCAGCAGCCAGCGAGACAACAGGCUUGUCACCUGGGUAUUCUCCAGCUUGGUCGCCUCAGCCUGGAAGUCCGGGGUCCCCAGGGGGUAUGAGCCCAUACUUCCCAAGCCCUGCUACGGCUCUCUCGCCAUCCUACUCGCCAUCCUCUCCGGCGUAUCAGCCCACGUCGCCAAGCAUGACGCCGGCGUCUCCGGGCUACUCCCCGACUUCCCCCACAUACAGUCCAACCAGCCCACAGUACUCACCGACUUCCCCACAAUACUCCCCGACCAGUCCCUCCUAUUCCCCAACCUCCCCAUCAUACAGCCCCACAUCUCCUUCUUACUCCCCAACCUCACCAUCCUACUCCCCGACAUCACCUUCAUAUUCCCCUACAUCUCCUUCCUAUUCUCCCACAUCACCCUCCUACUCCCCAACCUCUCCCUCCUAUUCCCCAACAAGUCCCUCAUAUUCCCCAACCUCUCCAAGUUACAGUCCAACUUCCCCGUCCUAUUCUCCUACCAGCCCCUCUUAUUCACCCACGUCCCCCUCAUACUCCCCUACCAGCCCCUCAUAUUCCCCUACAUCCCCGAGCUAUGCUCCCAACUAUUCCCCAUCCUCACCUGGAUAUUCCCCUACAUCUCCAUCCUACUCCCCUACCAGUCCUUCAUAUUCCCCCAGCUCACCCCAAUACUCCCCAGCAUCACCCUCCUACUCGCCUUCCUCUCCCAAGUAUUCCCCAACCAGCCCCAACUAUUCCCCAACCAGCCCGACCUAUUCUCCGGGUUCACCCUCCUAUUCCCCCAGCUCUCCGAAGUAUUCCCCAACGAGCCCCACAUAUUCCCCCACCUCCCCGUCCUACUCGCCUUCCUCCCCCAAAUAUUCCCCCACCUCACCCAACUACUCGCCCUCCUCACCCAAGUACUCCCCGACCUCGCCCACGUACAGUCCCUCCAGUCCUCAAUACAGUCCAUCGAGUCCCAAGUACUCGCCAACCUCCCCGACGUACAGCCCUUCCAGCCCCAAGUACAGCCCCACCAGUCCUACGUACAGCCCCACCACCCCCGGCUACAGCCCGACCUCCCCGCUCUAUUCCCCAAGCUACGAGGAGGACGAGGAAGAGCAGCGAAGGAAGCAGAAGAAGAAGUCCAAGCGCUAAACACCGGGUGUUGAGCAUAGUGCAGGAACUGUCCAAAUAUAUUCCUUUAUUUUAGUGCUAUUGUUCGAGCUGCUACUUUUCUGUGCUUAAGAGUGAUUGUUAUUUUACUUCUUCAGUUUCUAAACAAGAAAGCGUAUUUAUAUACUAGAAGGGAUUGAUGCUCCCUAAACCUUUAAAAAGUUUUCGUAACAAGUUAGUUACAUUAUUUUUAUUUGUAUAAAUAAUGGACAUUGUAAGCAUAACCAGGAUGAAUGUAUUUUUAUCCAUGAAGUGUAUUCAACAUGUAUUUUUGUCUUUACCUGCCGUCUUGCAGUUUGCUGCUUGGUCAGAUUUACCGAGAUUUUUAAAUAGAAAAGCUAUAUCAAUAAAAGCUUUGUGUAACACGGGCAUGGUAUCUCCAUAAUAUGUAGAAUUGAUAUUCAACAAAGGAAAGAUCCAAAA